AUACAAAAUGAUUAGCAAUAAUUUUCACUUAAAAAAUGGAUUCUAGAAAAGAAGAGUAAAAUAUUUAAAUAUUGAACUAAGGUGGCUAUUACUUGAUGAAAAUCCAUUUAUCAAAAUAAAUAAGAACUAAAAGUUCAGAUUUUCACGAAAUUAUAUAUUAUGACAUGACAAUUGUUUUGACAUGACAAUUGUUUUGACAACACCGUGUCUUUAUCAAAUGUUUGAUACAUUUGACAUUUGAUAAAGACACGGUGUAAUAUAUAAUUUCGUGAGAAUCUGAACAUUUAGUUCUUAUUUAUUUUGAAACAUUUAAAUAUUGGCGAAAAUAACUAUAGAAGUAAAUAUAUCACCUCCUAUAUAUUUAAUAAGAUAUUAGGCUUACGACCUUCUCCUCAAAUAAAAUGAUCGUCAGUUUUUUUUUCUCGUUUUAUAAACGUUGAUAACCAAAUAUUCACUAAAAAUUACUAACGCCCCCCACCUAUACCAAAAAUUUGAGCUACGAAACAAGUAGAGUUAGAAAUUAGAUACACUGCUUUCCCUAUUUAUCUCCUUUAGCCCUUUCUAAUUCGUGUUAUUGUAAAUGUUUGUUUGGUUAGGUUAGUUGCAUUUAGAUAGCAAAUUUAUAAGAUAUUUUGUUUAUGGAUAGUACCAGGUUUGCCAUGACUAUUUAUACCCUUUCUUAGACAACAAAUAAGUAAAUAAAACAAUACAACUUAAAUAUUAAUUGACAAAUUAAUAAAUUACUAACAUUUUCAAGUAUACACUAACAAAUAAUUCAUUGAAUAGGCAUAUAAAACUUGGUAACAUAUAACACAACUUAGUACAUACUCUCAUCAAAACAGACAACAAAAUUUAUAAUUUAGUAUAUAUGACAUAAAAUGUUAUAUAUUUAACAUUACUUUGUUUCUCAAUUCCCUAUUUAUGUUGCGUCGCAAUGUCUUCUUAGUACCAAAUAGUAUUUUUUUCAAUUUCGCUUUUUUAAUUAUAGUUCUAUAUGUUUCUAUGCAAUAUGUCAAGUCGACUUUAAAUUUCCACUUAUUAGUAAACCUAAAUAUUUGUACUCUUACAAUUUGUAGUACAUUAUUUAAUUUUAAUUCUUUCUUUACCAUUAUACAUAAUAUAUACAUAUCCAGAACUUUACUGAGAAUCCAAAAAUUUAAUAAUAUACAUGGUGUUACAGUUUAAAUUAAGAAAGCUGGUAUUUAUUCCAGAUGAACGGAACACCCUGUAUAUCUAAAAAAUUACAAAAAAAUCUAUGCAAAACUAUGCAACUUUUCUAUUUAACUUUUUUUUCUAUUGUUCAUAGUUUUUAAGUUAAAGGGGAAGGGAACCGUAUUUUGGACACUUUGUACUGUUUUCUGCCACAAGAGUAUAUUGUCCAUAAAUUAUGACAUAUUCCUCAAAAACACACUUGUUUAACAUACUUUUUUAUCAGUUGUUUUGAAUAUAAAUUAUAAUUUUUUUCUUCCUGGUUUGUUUUCUAUUAUACUAAUUAUUUUUGCCUCUCCAGCAAGCAACUUAACCACUAGUGGGCUGACUUAUUUUUGAUCUGAAUGUUUCUUUUAUAAUUCUGAUAUGUUUAUUUACUUCAGCUGAUAGUUCGGCAGUAUCCCUAACCGCGCCUCCAUUCAUGUCUGUUAGUUUGCUUAUGCUUAAUUAUUUGUGUUUUACUAUUACAUAACUUUUUGUUUUCUUUUCAGAAUACUGUUUCUGUAGUUUUCUUAUUAUUUUAUUUUAAAGAAAUCAUUUAUGAUCCAAGAAUUAUCAUUUCUAAUUGUUUUUGUCAUUAUCAUUUGUCAUGUUUGAUAUUAUAUCUUCUAGUUUUUGUUUCCAUGUUUUUUAUCCUUGAUUUUUCUCUGCUAGAAUAUCGUUUUUCGUUAUUAAGGAUUGUAUUUUACAUGAAAUUAAAAUUAUGUUUUUAUUGUAUGUAAAAUUUAAUUGUUUUAGCUGCCAAAUGUCACUCAACACAUGUCAGAGAAGGUAAAAAAUCAAUCUCUGAGCAUCACGUAGUAGAGUCUGAACUUAUUCCCAAAACGACAACAACAAAAUAAAAAUGUCAGGUACUCCGAAAUACUCUGGGAGACCAUCAUUAAGUCAUGCCAGUAGAUCGAUAUUGAUCAAUCUCGACGACAUAGAGCAGCUAGUUACGAUACCACCGGAUGGAGGCUGGGGCUGGGUGGUCGCUCUCUCGGCGUUUCUUGUGAAUUUCAUAUUAGAUGGGACCAUUUACUGCUUCGGAAUAUUUCUGGACGAUAUCAGCAAAGAACUGAAGGUAAAGCCUACUGAUGUGGCAGUUGCGAAUUCUGUUCUGAGUGGAUUUUACUAUUUGGGAGGGCCGUUUGCGUGUGCCGCUAUAAACCGCUUUGGUUUUCGAACGGUUGGCUUUGUUGGCGGAAUACUGGCAACUAUCUCCUUCCUUUGGGCCUCAUUUUUAACAAAGAUACUACCGUUUGUGCUUACCAUCGGCAUAUUGGGAGGAUCGGGGUUCAACUUAAUUUACGCCCCUUCAGCCAUUGUGGUGGGAUUUUACUUUGAGCGAUGGCGAGCGCUCGCAAUGGCCCUGACGCUCUGCGGUACGUCGUUGGGUGUUAUCAUAUACCCACCGCUAAUGAUAACAUUGUUUCGCAAUUACAAUUGGCGGAUUAAAUUUCGAAUAAUCGCAAGCUUUUGUGCGUGUUGCGGACUACUUAUUCUGACAUAUAGACCGAUAAAGCCGACGAAAAUCGGUCCGGCGGUACAGUUUAAUGACUUUUCUAGAGGGAUAUCCGCGGCGACACUGCAACGCGAUUCCGAAGCGAACGCGGGAUUUGCAACCAUUUUUCAAAGACUAAGGAAUACCAUUUUCCCUACAAUAUCUGAAAUUCCCAGGAGCCAUUACACGAGCUUUGAUUCAGCAGGAAGUAGAUCCAGUGAUAUUUCCAGGUUUAUCAUGCAAAGGAGGGACACAGACACUGCGGACAUUCAAUCUACCUUCAUCAAAUGCGAUAGCGAUGAAUGCCUGCCAGCAUCAGAAGCGGAUCAACAAAUUUUUGGAGCAGGAGUGAAAACGCGUUUAAACAAAUGUUGGCAAAGGUUGGCGUUUCUUGACUGUUGCAAAUCCAGCUCAGAGAGUUCCAUAAAUAUUAACAGACCAAUGUACAGAGACGAUAUAUUUUACGCAGGUUCUGUCUACGCCUUGCCUCAGUACCCAAAGGACUCGCAGCCAGUAGACCUACUAAAUCCUUCGUUAAUGUACACAUUGUCUGUAACCCGCGCAGCGACACAAAGAGAUUUGUGGCAAGAAAGGCAAUGCCUGUUGUGCCCUGAAGCAUUCUUAAGAACUUUAGCCACGAUGCUUAAUUUUCAAAUGUUAAAGUCUCCCCCAUUCCUGAUAGUAGUGUUGAGCGGUUUUUUAUCAUUGCAAGGAAUGUACAUCCCAUUCAUUUACAUCGCCGAAAGAGGAGCAGAACUGCAAAUAGAGAAAAGCAAAUGUUACAUGCUCUUGUCCGUAAUUGGAAUUUCGAAUAUCAUUGGGAGAAUAAGCUGUGGAACCGUCUCAUUUUUCCCAAAAUGGGAUGUGAACUGUAUUACUUAUGUAGGCCUGAUUAUUUGUGGCACUGUAACAAUCCUCUCAAGUUUUAUGAAAACUUUCUCGGAGCAAAUCAUAUUCUGUAUUGUGUUCGGAUAUACCAUUGCUACCUUUUCCGUUCUUAGAACCAUACUUUUCGUAGAGUUUUUCGGCUUAGAAAAUUUGACAAAUGCGUUUGGAUUAAAUAUGUUUUUUCAAGCAGUGGCUUCGUUUUCAGGGGUGCCAAUAUCAAACGUUUUAUAUAAAAUAACAGGAACUUUUGUUGCCUCAUUCACAUUCUCUGGGGGUGUAAUUUUGUUAAGUGGACUUUUACUCAUUCCUAUUAGGAGAUUACUAAAAAGAGAGCAAAAUACAAGAAACUAAAGUUGAUACCGUUUUUUGCAUUUGAAAUAGUGCCUUUAUUUAUUGAAAUCACUAUAA